AUGGGGUUGAAGAGCAUCAUUGCACGAACGUCUCUUGCUAAGUAUAGCGAAGCCUUACGUUCUGCUCCUCGAGAAGUGAUCUGGAGUCCAGUAUUGUUGGGUGCUGCGUUCAUAUAUGCCGCCGCCGCCAUUCCCCUGACUUGGGACCAAGGCGCUGGGUCCGCAGUACCAUCUCUCGCAGGCUUUCAACAGCACUUCGGGAUCAGCUCUGGAUCCAACGCAGGAGCGAUCAAGAACUUCGUUUCGUUGGUGUACAUCGGAGAUGCUGUAGGCGCAGCACUGAGCUUCCUCAUCAACGAUCAAGUCGGCCGACGUUGUGCGUAUCGCAUCUACCUUGCCAUUUGGGCACUUGGCUACAUUGUCCUCAUCACUUCCCCAAAUGUGGCUGGACUAUACGCAUCGAGAGUCAUAUCAGGUCUUGGUAUUGGAGCACUAAGUGUGGUAGGCCCUCUGGCUAUCAUCGAAAUCGCACCACCGCAAAUUCGAGGGGUGUUAGGAGCAUGGUAUACUGUUUGCCAGCUUCUCGCCCUCAUGACCUCGACAUUCUGCAUUUAUGGCGUUCAGCUCCACAUCGACACAAGUCGACUGCAGUAUCAGGUCGUCUACAUUGUGCCCAUGGUCUUCAUGGCUCUGCUAGCCCUAGCAAGCUUUUUCAUACCCGAGUCACCUCGCUGGCUGCUAAUGGUUGACCGUUACGAUGAGGGAAGAAACGCGCUUGUAAAGUUCCGCCGGCUUCCCGAGGCUGAUCCUCGACUGCAAGCUGAGCUAGAAGAGAUUGUUCGAUCACUUCGUGCCGAGACCGAACUCUCUGGAUCUGGUGCCCGCUCUCUCCAUGGCGUAAAGAUGGUAGUCAAGGAGAUGUUCACGGUCAAAGCGAAUCUACGCCGGCUCCAACAGGUGUUGAUCCUGUACAUGCUCCCUCAGCUCUCAGGCGGAAACUCUUUCACCAACUACUUCAUACCGAUCGUGAAAAUCGUGGGAGCUUGGCACAACGCAACUCAUGGGAUUUUUCUCAAUGCCUUGUACGGGACCGCAAAGUUCGGUUUCAGUCUCAUUGCUUCGUUCCUGCUCAUCGACGUGAUCGGGCGUAGAGGCUCGCUGUUCCUGGGCGUCACCAUACAGCUGAUAGCUAACAUAUAUCUGGCUGUGUACACGAAAGUGAAUGAAGACGGCGGGGCCUCAAAAGGCGCAAGCGACGGUGCUCUAGCAUUUGUAUUCAUACAGGCUUUCGGCUAUACAACUGGUUUGUUAACGCUUCCAUACGUCUUGGGCAGCGAAAUCUGGCCCAACCGUGUUCGAUCCCUGGGUGCCGCUUUGUCUCAGACUUUCCACUGGCUUUUUCACUUCUCAAUGACCUAUGCGGUACCCUCUCUACUUGCACGCACGCACAACUGGGGCGGUUUUAUUUUCUUCGCCGUCUGGUGCGUAAUCGCGCUCCUGUACGUCUAUCUCAUGGUGCCAGAGGUUGCAAAUUUGACCAUGGAAGAGAUUGAUCAUAUCUACCAGAAUCCACAUUUCAUGCUCGGCAGACGCUACAAAGGCAAUCCCAAAACGACAAGUGAAGAGAGCCAGGUCUUGGAUGGGCUUGAGCUCGAAUGCAUCGCUUCCAACAUGACUGCUGGUGAUUUGAAAGAUAAGCGUGGAGUGCGUUGA